GUCAUACCGUAGCAAGAAACAUGGCGGCUGCUGCGCUCGUUAGCCGUCCUGCGAGUGUCCUUCCCAGGAUUUCUAGUGAGUAACACCAAAACAUGCAAUUUUAGAAUAUAUAAAUGCCCUGAUAACUGCACUGUUGAGAGAAAGUGGAAAGAAUCAUGUUUAGCCUGAACACAGGAUCGUUUUUAAGCGACAUUGCAACCCUCUGUGACCCUGUUUGUGCUAUGACCUAGCUAAGUUAGCGAGCUAGCUAGGUAACUAACAGUAGCCGGUUAGCUAACUAACGCUUGCCGACGAAUACGACUAACUAGGUAGCGCUCUAUUUUCUAGCACCAUGUCAUUUGCAAACAAGUAAAAAGCUAUGUUCCUGACAGUCCUGUAUAUCCAUUUUGGCAGUCAUUACCAAUUUCUAAAGUUAUUUGCAUCACUUUCACUGGAUUAACACCACGGCCAAACAGUUAGCUAGCUAUCUCUCAAUUUACCUAGUUAGUUAGCCAGCUAGCUAACGUUAGCUAGCUAGUUCGUCUAGAUAGACAGUGGUUGUCAAUAUGCAUGCCAGGUAAUGUCUGCUGUUUACUGUGGUACCUAGUUAGUGGACCUUCGUUGUAUCCCAGUGACCAAUACUAAGGUUAGUUAAAAGUAGCUUUGGGACGCAACAUCGGUAGUCUGUGUAUUGGUUGGGCUCCCUGAGUUGUGUAUCAUAUUGCUGUUGAGUUAGACAACGGGCUGCCAUUAAACCACGCACUUCACGCGAGAAAUCUACCACUGUUUACACAGCAGGAAUAUGGUGAGGGUCACGUUUCACUUUACGUCUGGUAAGUAGACUUCCUAGAGAUUAUACAUAUGCCUUUGUUGACAGGAAGCAUUUUUUUAGGUGUAGCCGGCUAUAUUCUGGUAGGGUUGUUUUCCGUCGCCACCCACCAGAAGGAUUCACAACUCAGGAAGUCCAACUGAUACAGACUCCCGAUGUUGUGUCCCAAAACUAGUUAAAAGAUCUGUUUGUGGCAUCCCGAGUGGCGCAGCAGUCUAAGGCACUGCAUUGUCACUACAGACCCAGGUUUGAUCCCAGGCUGUGUCACAGCCGGCCAGGUUAGGGAAAGUUUUGGCCAGCCGGGAUUUCCUUAUCCCGUCGCGCUCUAGCGACUCCUUGUGGCGGGCCGGGAGCCUGCAAGCUGACUUCGGUCGCCAGCUGGACGGUGUUUCCUCCGACACAUUGGUGCGGCUGGCUUCCGGGUUAAGCAAGCAGUGUGUCAAGAAGCAGCGCUGCUUGGCAGGGUCGUGUUUCGGAGGACGCAUGGCUCUUGAAUUUCGCCUCUCCCAAGUCCGUAGGGGAGUUGCAGCGAUGGGAACAAGACUGUAACUACCAAUUGGAUAUCACAAAAUUGGGGAGGCAAAAAAAAAAAAAUCUGUUUGUGAUCUCUGGCAACAUCGCUAACUAGGCCUAUGUUUUUGAUUGGUUGACAAUUUCUGAUUUGGGGAAUUUGACUACAGCAUCCUCUGCACUGCUCCCUGCAGGUUCCUGCUCCCCUGUUGUGCUGUCAGCCAUCCCUGUGACAGUCCAGCAGAGGAAGGUCCACCAUGCUGUCAUCCCCAGAGGGAAAGGGGGCCGCUCCUCCUCCAGUGGGGUAGCAGCCACAGUCUUCGGAGCCACCGGCUUCCUGGGCAGAUAUGUUGUCAACCGCCUGGGUAAGUUUCACAAUCAUCAGUCCCAAAGGCUUCACAUGAUAACCUUUCAAAUGACAUGGCAGCUCUGUGGUCCUCUUCUACUUAUGUCGUAUGUUUCUAUGUGAUUGUGAAGGAUGCCUUCAUUUGUUUGGUUAUGUGGCAAUCCUUUUUGGAUACACUGUAGUGACUAUAUACAAGGGUUUCCUAUGGGGCAGUUAUGUGUUUGUUGACCUGUCAGGUGGUUUUGCAGGUCGUAUGGGUUCUCAGAUUGUGAUUCCUCACCGGUGUGACCAGUAUGACCUCAUGUACCUCAGGCCCAUGGGGGAUCUCGGCCAGAUCAUCUUUAUGGUGAGAGAAAUACUAUUUAUCGGAUGUGACGUUUCAAACCAUUUCACUUUGAAGUCCCUUAAUCUCUUCAUCUGUUAGCUAAGUGUUGUUUUUUCUCAUGCCAAGUUAUGCCACGCCUCAUAUGUUCCCCUCCACCUUGCUUUAUUUCAGGAGUGGGAUGCCAGGAACAAGGAUUCUAUCAGAGAAGCAUUGGCGCACUCCAAUGUGGUUAUCAACUUGGUGGGACGAGAGUGGGAGACGAAGUAUGGCCCAAACUAGACUUUUUAGAAAAAUACAUUGUUCCUAAAAAGAACCCACUGGUGGUGAACAUUCACAUAAAGAGUUGCUCCAUCAAUAUAUGAAUCUCCCUACUUUUAACUACACCAGUGAGGCUUGACUUACUCCCUAGUGGAGCAAAGGACCUCAAUAGUGCUUCCACCAUUAGGUACACUUAUUUUACAGCUUUCUGCUAAAUGUUUGAUGUACUUGGCUGUACUCCGUGUUCUGUUCUUCCUCUUUCUGUUUAUAAAGGAAUUAUCCCUUUGAGGACACCUACGUGAGCAUCCCUCAGCAGAUUGCCAAGGCCACCAGGGAGGCAGGCAUCACAAAGCUGAUCCACAUAUCUCACCUCAAUGCUGACAUCCGCAGCCCCUCCAAAUACCUUAGGAAUAAGGUACUGGCCAAUGCAGGGCUUGGUUGAACUCUUUCAGUGUCACUUGAACAUAUUUCAUUUUAGUUUCAAAAAUAUUUAUUUGCCUGAUAUGUGUAACAAUUAUGAAAAUGCAGACGGUUGAAAAUCGGUAAAGCUUGACAUUUGGUUUAAUAUGUCAUUAUGAAGUAAUAAUGUGUAAUGUGUGUGAUAUUACCUUGCAGGCAGUAGGUGAGACGGCAGUGAGAGAAGAGUUCCCUGAUGCCAUCAUCAUGAAGCCCGCUGAGAUGUUUGGAAGGGAAGACAGAUUCUUCAACCAUUUUGCCAGUGAGUUAGCAGAGCAUAGAGUUAAUUUCCGUGUGGCCCAGUGUAAAAACUGUUAAAAAGUGAAAUUAUCUUUUAUUUGUGACACUAAGCAGACCGUGUCAAUAUUUGUGGGAUCAUGUUGGCAUAAUUACAGUCUUCGUUGACUGUAUAGGACUGCAAACUGUGGAGUGAGCUGUUUGUUGCAUGGUUGAACACUUGAAUUUGCAGUGUGCGGAAUUUAAGUCAAAAUAAAGAUUUGUUUAAGGUCAUCUAACAGCUCCAAUUGGUCUUGAUGCGAUGCUAUUAUCGUUUAAAACAGGAUGAGUUCUCAGUCAUUGUUUUGAAUUCGUCCUCCCCCCAUCCUUGUUGCACAGACAUGCGUUGGUUUGGGAGUGCUGUGCCUCUCAUCUCCAUGGGGAAGAAGACAGUGAAGCAGCCUGUUCAUGUGAGUGUGUCUGUCCUCGUGAUGUCAGCUCUGUGUACCCUUGCUGCUUCUAUGAGCCCAGUUACUCAACAGACUCACUCUGCUUCGGCUCUUCUCAGGUGGUGGAUGUGGCAAAGGCUAUCAUCAGCGCCAUCAAAGACCCUGAUGCUAAUGGCAAGACAUAUGCACUAGUCGGGUAAGGACUUGAUAUGGGCUUGACUUUUGUCAAUUUUUUUAGGAAUGUGUCAAUUGAAAUUAAUCAGUUCAGGAAAUUAAGUAAAAUUCAAUCCAUUGAUUAGAAACUGUUCAUUAUCAGUGAAUACAAGGUUAACCUAGUAUAAAUCAUGAAAACGAUUGUUCAUCUCAUUGUUGAGUUGCUCUUUGUGUGCCAUGGGUUUGUAUCUUGUUCUCAUCCAGGGAUGGGACUUUGCUUGAAUCUAAGAUAAAAUAGAUGAUUGUGUAAUGGCCGUUUCAUUCUCAUACAUGCAGUACAUUAUUUUAAAAGGUCAGUAGCAACCAACCUGUUUGUCAGCCAUUUGGUUAGGUUUGUUUUGUUUUUCUACCACACAGACCUAACCGUUAUCUCCUUCAUGAUCUGGUGGAGUACGUGUAUGCUGUGGCACACAGGCCCUUUGUGCCCUACCCCUUCCCACGCCCUCUCUAUCAGUGAGUAUGCACCCACUGCUGGUUCUGCAUGGUAACCUCAAUUAGCCUCAAAAGAACAUGUACUGUAUAGGCUGUCUGAUGAGGUUGUUUGCCAAGCUGUUAGUUGUUUAGAACACAUAGCCUCACGCUAGACCAGUGGGUGUGAGAUGGCAAGGCACAAGGAAGCUUGGUUGGUUUGUUUAAAUGCAGUCCUUUCACAUACUGUGUGAUCAAAAUGUCUUACCUUUGUGUCUGGUUUCAGUCUUGUUGCAAGUUUCUUUGCAAUGAACCCAUUCGAGCCUUGGACAACUCCUGACAAAGUAGAUCGGGUAAGAAAAUGCAACAAACAGCAAAGUAUAAACCGCCUUGUAAAGCUUAUUUUAUUUUACACAAAUGAAUGUCUUAUGAUGGAUUUGUGUGAUGACAUGAAUAUGUUUGUUCCAGUUCCACACCACAGAUAUGAAGUAUCCAGGGCUUCCUGGCUUGGAGGACCUGGGCAUCGUCCCUGCCUCCGUAGAGCAGAAGGCCAUCGAGAUCCUGCGUCGCCACCGCCGCUUCCGCUUCCUGGAGGCUGAGCUGGCCGAUACCAAGCCGGCCAAGACAGUUAACUAUUGAGUAGCUCGUCUAUCUGCCCAGCACCACCACCAUAACCACAGGCUGAUCCUCCUAUACAGCUGUGCUGUCUUCUUUUACAAAUAUUCUGUACAUAAAUAAAAGAUAGUCUAAAACUA